AUGACAGUCUUGAAGACGAAAGUCAACCUAGCCAAUUUCAACCCAUGCUCUGGAAACCCAUUUGAAACGAGAGAUGAUGUUAUGCGGGCUUUUUCUGACACAUUUGAACCAUUGCUUCCAGCAUUUUCAGAAGGUGGUACGGGUGUAAACUUGGAAGAAAGUGGUGGACACUUCCCCACAAAAGCAGCACACUUCGAAGGUUUUGCUAGAGCUUUAUUGGGAGCGGUGCCAUUUGCCGCUGGUGGAGGUGACUUCAAAUACUGGGAUUUAUUCAGAAAAGGGUUGACAAACGGAACCGACCCCAAUCAUGAAGAAUAUUGGGGAGAUAUCGAAGAUUGCGACCAAAAGUUGGUUGAAUUAGCUGCUGUUGGGUAUGCCUUGUCGUUUGUUCCCGAACACGUUUGGGAACCGUUGAGCAAGGAGGCUAAGAAGAAUCUUAGUGACUAUCUUCUUACCGCCAGAAGCCGUCAUUUUCGUCGUUGCAAUUGGAAAUUCUUCAGAGUGAUGAUUGACUUGGGAUUAGAUAAGAUCGGCAUUAAGUUCGACCAUCAAAUGACCCAAGAUUACUUAGAUGAAGUUGACAGUAUGUACAUAGGGGACGGGUGGUAUGGAGAUGGUGACAGAGCAAGUGUUGAUUACUAUAACCCCUACGCAUUACAUUUAUUUGGAUUAAUCUACUACAAGGCAAGAAAGGAUACUGACCCUGAAAGAUGUAAAAGAUUGAAAGACAGGGCCUUGCAAUUUGCUAAACAAUAUCUCCAUUUGUUUGCUGACGAUGGUGCUGCCAUUCCAUAUGGUAGAUCUAUGACUUACAGAUACGCCAUUGUUGCUUUCUGGGGAGCAUUAGCGUUUGCAAUAGAAGAAGACGAGGAGCCAGUAAUUCCAUGGGGCGUCUUGAAGGGAGUUUAUUUAAGAAAUUUUAGAUGGUGGUCAAAGAAACCAAUCUCUAGAUUCAGAACCAACAUCCUUUCAGUUGGCUACGCUUACCCUAAUCAGUUCAUGUCCGAAUCCUACAAUUCUCCUCAGUCACCUUACUGGGCAUUCAAAGCUUACAUUGCUCUUAUGCUCCCAGCAAACCAUCCAUUCUGGACAGCCAAAGAAGAGCCAUUAACUUUGGAAGACACUCAGUUAAAGAUUCCUGGUAUGCUUCUUUCGCAUACUAAAUUGAAUACUGUUGCAUUAAUCAGUGGCCCAUAUAAGACUUUUAACUUGAGAAAUCAAGCUGAAAAAUACAACAAGUUUGCCUAUAGUACAAGAUAUGGUUUCUGUGUUGAGAACAAUGCACGAGGCUUCGACUUCGGCACUCUUGAUAACAUGAUUGGCUUCAGCUUUUCGGGAAAUGAUUUCUAUGUCAGACAAUACAACAAGUCUUGGAUUUUUGAUGGUGGAUUGUAUUCCGAAUGGACGCCUGUAACCGGAAUCAAUGUUAAAACAUGGAUUCUCCAGAAGGGUAAUUAUCACAUCAGAGUGCAUCACAUUGAAAACAAGACUGAUUAUAAGGUCGAUUCACUCGAGGGAGGCUUUGCGGUACCUUCAAUGAUCGCAGAAGGAAUUAGUACUGCUGAAGAAACUGCACCUGUCGUGGGAGAAGUAACAACUGAUGAUGACAUUAGUUUAAUUGCCAAUUUAUUGGACGAUAGAAAACCAAGAGUUACUGAACCUGAUCCAAACACAAAUUUAAUGUCUUCCAAGGUUAUGUUACCACAAUUGAGAGGUUCUAUUGAUGCUGGCUCAUCAGCCAAGUUUGCCUGUGCGGUUUAUGCUCAACUGACUACAGUUCCUUUUGCUAAAGAUGAAUGGUUGCAAGGCUUAAGUCUUCCAAGUGAAGACGAAUUAAAGGAACUCUCUUCAAAGGCAGAAAGAGUGAUUUGUAAUGAAUAA